CACAAAGACCGCGGGAUGAAGACUAAGCGCAAGCGCUUCUCGUCUCUCCGAAAAUAACGUCAUCAAGCCUCCUGGCAAAGGGGUACCAGAAUGAGGCAUGCGUCCUGAGGCCUUUCAGGACUUAUUUCACGCUGUCGGAGUCAGUGACGUAAUGACAGAGAAGGAGGAGCGGAACGGAAGCCGGGAGGGAACUAGGGCGGAAGGGGUUCAGGGCCAGGGUUGUGUUCGGCGCCUUGGCGGGGCUGGGGUUCCGAUGUGGUCCCCGGAGCGGGAUGCCGAGGCCCCGGCCGGGGGAGACCCGGCGGGUCUCUUUCCCCCCGAGUGGGAAGAAGAUGAGGAACGCAUGUCCUUCUUGUUCUCCGCCUUCAAGAGGAGUCGCGAGGUGAACAGCACCGACUGGGACAGCAAGAUGGGUUUCUGGGCGCCGUUGGUGCUGAGCCACAGCCGCCGCCAGGGGGUGGUGCGCCUGCGUCUGCGGGACUUGCAGGAGGCCUUUCAACGCAAGGGCAGCGUCCCGCUGGGGCUGGCCACGGUGCUGCAGGACCUGCUGAGACGAGGGGAGCUGCAGCGGGAAUCAGACUUCAUGGCCAGUGUGGACAGCAGCUGGAUCUCCUGGGGUGUCGGAGUCUUCCUACUGAAGCCCCUCAAGUGGACUCUUUCUAACAUGCUGGGGGAUAAUAAGGUUCCAGCAGAGGAGGUCCUCGUGGCUGUGGAGCUACUUAAGGAAAAGGCCGAGGAGGUGUAUCGUCUGUAUCAGAACUCUCCCCUCUCCUCUCACCCUGUGGUGGCCCUGUCGGAGCUGAGCACCCUCUGCGCUAACUCCUGCCCGGAUGAGAGGACCUUCUACUUGGUGUUGCUGCAGCUACAGAAGGAGAAGAGGGUCACUGUCCUCGAACAGAACGGCGAAAAGAUUGUGAAGUUCGCCCGGGGGCCACAUGCCAAGGUCUCUCCCGUGAAUGAUGUAGAUGUUGGUGUGUACCAGCUGAUGCAGAGUGAACAACUUCUCUCACGCAAAGUGGAGUCCUUAUCGCAGGAAGCUGAGAGGUGUAAAGAAGAAGCCCGCCGGGCAUGCCGAGCAGGAAAGAAGCAGCUGGCACUGAGGUCUCUAAAGGCCAAGCAACGGACAGAGAAGCGCAUCGAGGCCCUGCAUGCCAAGCUAGACACUGUUCAAGGCAUCCUGGACCGCAUCUAUGCCUCCCAGACAGAUCAGAUGGUUUUCAAUGCCUACCAAGCUGGGGUAGGAGCACUAAAACUCUCCAUGAAGGAUGUCACAGUGGAGAAGGCAGAGAGCCUUGUGGAUCAGAUCCAAGAGCUGUGUGACACCCAGGACGAAGUUUCUCAGACUCUGGCUGGUGGGGUGACCAAUGGCUUAGAUUUUGACAGUGAGGAACUAGAGAAGGAAUUGGACUUCCUCCUUCAGGACACCACCAAAGAACCUUUGGAGCUGCCCGACAACCCUCAUGAGACGUUUUAUACCAACAGUGUGCCUAACCCUAGGAUCUCAGAUGCUGAACUUGAAGCCGAACUUGAGAAACUGUCCUUAUCAGAGGGAGGUUUGGUCCCAAGCAGUAAAUCUCCGAAAAGGCAAUUGGAACCGACUCUCUAAAGCCAUUGCAGGACCCUCAAGUAAUGGACUUUCAUGUAAAAGAGAGACCAGGCUUGUG